AAAAGCUCUCUUUCACGCAACACUCUCGCAGCUCGGCACUGCGGCGAAUUAACCUGAGCCCGAGUCCCUCGCACUGUACCAAAAAUCAGGCGGCAGCUGGCUCUUGAGCUCCGCGGCUGCCCUACCUGUACCACGGGUCCGAGGGCUGCCCUCACGUGUACCACAAAGUUCAGAGUCAAGCAGACGCCACCAUGGCCCAGCGGCCCGCCGCGCCGACGCUGAGCCCCGCGCCAGACAAUAACAAGCUCGCGUACCUCGAGUUCGACGUGCCGACCGCCGGCGCCCCGACCCAUGCGAUGGUGUACGUACACGACGACGUGACCGACAGGACGCUUAUGUACGACGGGCAGACGCAAAAGUUGUUGCUAAACGGCGAACGGGGAAAGCUGCUCACCCUCGAAGAAAACGGGAGAACGUCUCGGCGCAAGCGCCUCACCGUCGCGGGGCUCUGGGCCGGCACGUUCACGGCCACGGUGGCUUUUCGCGCGGCGGACGAUCUAGAGUUUGGGCCCACGUCGCCCGACAGCGCGCCGCUCGAGCGCGCUCCGGCCCCGGCUUGUGGCGCGCCGAUGCUCGAGCCUGUCUCCGAUACGCAGAUUAGGGUCCACUUUGCGGUUCCGCACGGCUGUGAAUCUGCAUGCGUUGAGUUUUACGAAGAUGGAUCGAGGCCCGGACUAUCUGGACGAUCUGUCGACCCACGAACGUGCACGCUGAGGAAAUUUGGCGAGAGCGGACCGCCGUUUGCCGUGACGGGCGACACAACAAUUGUUGUCAAUAAUCUAUCAAGUAAGAUCUCCUACAGCGUGAAUGUACGUGCGCACAAUGGCAUCGACUGGGGCGACGAUUCCCCAUCAAGCAAACCGAUGAGGCUCGCCGACUACAAGCCGCGAGUUCCGUGUGUGCCAGUCGUGGAUCAAAUCUCCUCAGACUCGGUACGCGUGUUCUGCGCGCCGCUAUCGAACUGUACUGAUGCAAUCAUCUUUUUCAAGAACGGACGCGACCUGAUGAUGGUAGACUCCUCUAGGGGCAACAUGCUAUCUCGACUUGAAAAUUGGAGGAAGGCGUCACCGCGUGCUGAUUGCUAUAAAGGCGUCGUCGUGCCCGGUUUGUCGCCCGAUACGGAGUACGAGGUGUAUUGCAAGCAAGGUAAUGUAUUUGGCUGGUCUUCCGGCUCACCAUCUGUGCCAGGCUGCAAGUUCCGCACGCUGUCCGACGUCGAGAUCACUGGCACGCAAACGCAAGCCGAGCGUGACCUGGAGCUUCGCAGGCAAGCGGUGGACGCCGACGCCGACGACGAUCCGCCGCCCGCGUCGCAGCCCGUAAAAAAGGAGAAGAAAAACGGAUACGCAGUGGACGGCUUCGUCGUCGACACUGACGAUGAGGAGGCCCCCGCCGCGGAGCCGGCGGCCAAGCGGCGGAAAGGGACGCCUCCAUGGGACUGGACCACGGCGCCCUUGUAGGAUGUCUAAUGAAUCAAAAUAGAACGAA